AUGACAGAUAGAUCAGCCAUGUCGGAGCGGGACACUCAUUUGAUGGAGAAAGAGAUUUGUUCUGAUUCGGAAGCUGCUGACUGUCUGGAAGAAGCUUUUGUCUUCGGAGAGGAUCUGGAACUGAACCAAUUUGACGGAUUGCCCUUCUCCUCUCGCUAUUAUAAACUACUGCAAGAGAGAAAGAUUCUACCCGUUUGGAAAGCUAGAGGGGAAUUUUUGGAUAUCCUGGUGAACAAUCAACUUGUUAUAGUAUCCGGUACAACAAAAACUGGGAUGAGUACACAGGUGAGUUUGGAAUGGAUGAGUGUUCAGAUCUCAAAUGUGAAUUCCAAUAUUAAAGAAUAGGUCUCAACAAUAUUUUCCCUUUGAUUCCCGAUACAGUAUCAAGUAUUUAUAUAUUUAUGUAUUUUUGUUGCAAAUUUCAUAAUUUAUAUAGUAGCAUACAGUCCAUGCAUGACAUGUAGAAGACAUCUUCCGUGGAAGACGUGGUCCUCUGUAGCUCAAUUGGUAGAGCAUGGCGCUUGUAACGCCAGGGUAGUGGGUUCGAUCCCCGGGACCACCCAUACGUAAAAAAUUUAUGCGCACAUGACUGUAAAUCGCUUUGGAUAAAAGUGUCUGCUAAAUGGCAUAUUAUUAUUACAUUUAAUAUUCAUCGCAACAAUGAGGCCAUACGUCAAAGAUUAGUUCCAUACAAAGCAUGUAAGCUACUUUAUAGUCUGCCACCUAGACCUUUCAUGUCCUGCUAUGAACUUUUUCAGAUAAUCUCAUCCACAUAAUAAUUCCUUACACUGGAGUUGUGCCAUACAGAGUAGUACAGAGUGUUAUUGAAUCAAAUGCGAGAGAAAUAAAGUAUAAACUUCUGCCAGGAUCUUGUCGUAAAGUGUCAAAUGCCAUCUGGCUGCAGUGGGAAGGCCAGUCUCUAUUGAGAUCCUUUAUAAAUAUCACUCCAGCCUGCAGGGAACCUGAUAUUAAUACCAUUAGCUAUGUUUUUGUCCCAAAUGGCACCCUAUUCCCUACAUAGUGCACUACUUUUGUCCUGGACACAUAGGUUCUGGUCAUAAGUAGUGCACCACACAGGGAAUAUGAUGCUAUUUUUUUUUUGGGAUACAUCCUAUUUCUUAGACCCUGAAACUGCACAUACAACUGUAGAUAUUACUCUGCUUGCUUACUGCAGAAUCCACUAGCCUGGUCCCAGAUCUGUUGGCGCUUUUGCCUACUCCAUUGCUAUUGUCAAGCCAUGGCAAGAGGGCAGAAGCAGACGGGGCAUCCAGGCUAAGAAUCCACUCCAUUGUAUGAUGACUGAGAUCAUUACUGAUGUUUUUUUGGGCUGACACUGGGCUUAAUAUGACCCAAUACCAGUAAAUACUCAGAUUGCAUUAGUCAUGUAUGCAUCAGUUAGCAGUUGACAUCCCCAACCUAACUCAGUUGUCCGUUGAGUCUAGGAACAGAUAGGAUUAUUGAAUAGCCUCUCCUCCCUCUAACUGUAAUCCGAUUUGAGAUGUUUUCGAGCAGAAAUAUGAGCACGUGGUUUAUGACAAAAAAUGUAAUGUGGAAGAUGGCUAUUCAUUCCAGGGGUUGUGCACUUUGCUGUGUCUCUGUUUGGGCCAGAGAUGUUUUAACAAAAAUCCAUUGGAACUUGGAAGACCCUAGAUGACAACUUCCAGGGGAACUCUUUCCUGCAGUGCUGCCAAAAAACAGAGUCCUAGAACAACAAGUAUAAACCUCAGAAAGGAUUGUUGGCGUUUUUGCCUGUGUGCUACACAGGGAAUGUCCCUAGGUACAGAAUGACACUGAUUAUGGCUAAAUUGAUUCUAUGGCUAUGAAUGUCCCCUACCCACAGUCACAUUCACAGAGACAGAGCCCGACAGGGAGUGAUUCUAUGGCUAUGAAUGUCCCCUACCCACGGUCACAUUCACAGAGACAGAGCCAGACAGGGAGUGAUUCUAUGGCUAUGAAUGUCCCCUACUCACAGUCACAUUCACAGAGACAGAGCCAGACAGGGAGUGAUUCUAUGGCUAUGAAUGUCCCCUACCCACAGUCACAUUCACAGAGACAGAGCCCGACAGGGAGUGACAGUGUGAAGCUAACUGUGAAAGUCUCCCAGCUCAGCCAGCAGAUGCUGUUCAGUUGUGUCCUCACAGUGAGAGCCCUGCCAGGCUUUAGUGCAGCAGGUCAGACUGACAGGCUGAUAGUAACAAUAGGAAUUACCCUGAAUAACAUGGGUCUUAAAGCUCUCCCUCCCUCCAAGAAAGAUAACGAAGACCUCCAAGAAAGCACCCAGCCGCCCAGAACCUAAAGAAAACACAAAAAACAACCAGAAAAAAGUCACUGACAGAUACAAACAAGAAAAAGCCGCAGAAAAAAAACAAAGUACCUGACAAUAAAAACAUCACCCAAGCUCUCCCGCCAGACCAACUCCACCCUCACCUCUCGCCCCCUAUCCCUCCCAUCCCCCUCCUCCCCCCUCCCCCCCUCCCCCUCCCCCUCUCCCCUCUCCCUCCUCCCUCCCUCCCUCCCUCUCCCUCCCCCCGUACCUCCCUCUAUCCCUCCCUCUAUCCCUCCAUCUGGCCUCCCGCUGUUAAGCACUGAUCCCCUGGAGCUGUCACUUGCUGCCACAGCAGUUUAGCAUGAUAUAACACAAUUAGUAGGCGCUGGUCCUUGUCACUAGUGUUAUCACUGUCUUCAUGUUGUUGACACUGUUUCCAUGUUGUUGUUGACACUCUCUCCAUGUUGUUGACACUGGCUCCAUGUUGUUGACACUCUCUCCAUGUUGUUGACACUGGCUCCAUGUUGUUGACACUGUCUCCAUGUUGUUGUUGACACUCUCUCCAUGUUGUUGACACUGUCGCCUUGUUGUUGUUGACUCUGUCUCCAUGUUGUUGUUGACACUGUCUCCAUGUUGUUGUUGACACUGUCUCCAUGUUGUUGUUGACAUUGUCUCCAUGUUGUUGUUGACACUCUCUCCAUGUUGUUGACACUGUUGCCAUGUUGUUGUUGACACUGUCUCCAUGUUGUUGUUGACACUGUCUCCAUGUUGUUGACACUGUCUCCAUGUUGUUGACACUGUUUCCAUGUUGUUGUUGACAUUGUCUCCAUGUUGUUCACAGUCUCAUGUUAUUGUUGACACUGUCUCCAUGUUGUUGACACUGUCUCCAUGUUGUUGACACUGUCCAGUCGAAUGUUGAAUUCAAUGACACUGUUUAUUCAAUGUAAGCAGUUCAAGUUGUCCGACAAUGUUAAUACUACAUUAUGUUUUAUAAUUAUCUGUCCAAUCUAUUAAUGCCUUUAGAAAUUAGGAUUAAUAUUGUUAAGACUAUUUGAGUCAGGUCACUCUGGUGGAUUAAUAUUGUUAAGACCAUUUGAGUUAGGUCACUCUGGUGGAUUAAUAUUGUUAAGACUAUUUGAGUCAGGUCACUCUGGUGGAUUAAUAUUGUUAAGACUAUUUGAGUCAGGUCACUCUGGUGGAUUAAUAUUGUUAAGACUAUUUGAGUCAGGUCACUGGUGGAUUAAUAUUGUUAAGACUAUUUGAGUCAGGUCACUCUGGUGGAUUAAUAUUGUUAAGACUAUUUGAGUCAGGUCACUCUGGUGGAUUAAUAUUGUUAAGACUAUUUGAGUCAGGUCAUUCUGGUGGAUUAAUACUGUUAAGACUAUUUGAGUCAGGUCACUCUGGUGGAUUAAUAUUGUUAAGACUAUUUGAGUCAGGUCACUCUGGUGGAUUAAUAUUGUUAAGACUAUUUGAGUCAGGUCACUCUGGUGGAUUAAUAUUGUUAAGACUAUUUGAGUCAGGUCACUCUGGUGGAUUAAUAUUGUUAAGACUAUUUGAGUCAGGUCACUCUGGUGGAUUAAUAUUGUUAAGACUAUUUGAGUCAGGUCUGGUGGAUUAAUAUUGUUAAGACUAUUUGAGUCAGGUCACUCUGGUGGAUUAAUAUUGUUAAGACUAUUUGAGUCAGGUCAAUCUGGUGGAUUAAUAUUGUUAAGACUAUUUGAGUCAGGUCACUCUGGUGGAUUAAUAUUGUUAAGACUAUUUGAGUCAGGUCACUCUGGUGGAUUAAUAUUGUUAAGACUAUUUGAGUCAGGUCACUCUGGUGGAUUAAUAUUGUUAAGACUAUUUGAGUCAGGUCACUCUGGUGGAUUAAUAUUGUUAAGACUGUUUGAGUCAGGUCACUCUGGUGGAUUAAUAUUGUUAAGACUAUUUGAGUCAGGUCACUCUGGUGGAUUAAUAUUGUUAAGACUAUUUGAGUCAGGUCACUCUGGUGGAUUAAUAUUGUUAAGACUAUUUGAGUCAGGUCACUCUGGUGGAUUAAUAUUGUUAAGACUAUUUGAGUCAGGUCACUCUGGUGGAUUAAUAUUGUUAAGACUAUUUGAGUCAGGUCACUCUGGUGGAUUAAUAUUGUUAAGACUAUUUGAGUCAGGUCACUCUGGUGGAUUAAUAUUGUUAAGACUAUUUGAGUCAGGUCACUCUGGUGGAUUAAUAUUGUUAAGACUAUUUGAGUCAGGUCACUCUGGUGGAUUAAUAUUGUUAAGACUAUUUGAGUCAGGUCACUGGUGGAUUAAUACUGUUAAGACUAUUUGAGUCAGGUCACUCUGGUGGAUUAAUACUGUUAAGACUAUUUGAGUCAGGUCACUCUGGUGGAUUAAUAUUGUUAAGACUAUUUGAGUCAGGUCACUCUGGUGGAUUAAUAUUGUUAAGACUAUUUGAGUCAGGUCACUCUGGUGGAUUAAUACUGUUAAGACUAUUUGAGUCAGGUCACUCUGGUGGAUUAAUAUUGUUAAGACUGUUUGAGUCAGGUCACUCUGGUGGAUUAAUAUUGUUAAGACUAUUUGAGUCAGGUCACUCUGGUGGAUUAAUAUUGUUAAGACUAUUUGAGUCAGGUCACUCUGGUGGAUUAAUAUUGUUAAGACUGUUUGAGUCAGGUCACUCUGGUGGAUUAAUAUUGUUAAGACUAUUUGAGUCAGGUCACUCUGGUGGAUUAAUACUGUUAAGAUUAUUUGAGUCAGGUCACUCUGGUGGAUUAAUAUUGUUAAGACUAUUUGAGUCAGGUCACUCUGGUGGAUUAAUAUUGUUAAGACUAUUUGAGUCAGGUCACUCUGGUGGAUUAAUAUUGUUAAGACUAUUUGAGUCAGGUCACUCUGGUGGAUUAAUAUUGUUAAGACUAUUUGAGUCAGGUCACUCUGGUGGAUUAAUAUUGUUAAGACUAUUUGAGUCAGGUCACUCUGGUGGAUUAAUAUUGUUAAGACUAUUUGAGUCAGGUCACUCUGGUGGAUUAAUAUUGUUAAGACUAUUUGAGUCAGGUCACUCUGGUGGAUUAAUAUUGUUAAGACUAUUUGAGUCAGGUCACUCUGGUGGAUUAAUAUUGUUAAGACUAUUUGAGUCAGGUCACUGGUGGAUUAAUACUGUUAAGACUAUUUGAGUCAGGUCACUCUGGUGGAUUAAUACUGUUAAGACUAUUUGAGUCAGGUCACUCUGGUGGAUUAAUAUUGUUAAGACUAUUUGAGUCAGGUCACUCUGGUGGAUUAAUAUUGUUAAGACUAUUUGAGUCAGGUCACUCUGGUGGAUUAAUAUUGUUAAGACUAUUUGAGUCAGGUCACUCUGGUGGAUUAAUAUUGUUAAGACUAUUUGAGUCAGGUCACUCUGGUGGAUUAAUAUUGUUAAGACUAUUUGAGUCAGGUCAUUCUGGUGGAUUAAUAUUGUUAAGACUAUUUGAGUCAGGUCACUCUGGUGGAUUAAUAUUGUUAAGACUAUUUGAGUCAGGUCACUCUGGUGGAUUAAUAUUGUUAAGACUAUUUGAGUCAGGUCACUCUGGUGGAUUAAUAUUGUUAAGACUAUUUGAGUCAGGUCACUCUGGUGGAUUAAUAUUGUUAAGACUAUUUGAGUCAGGUCACUCUGGUGGAUUAAUACUGUUAAGACUAUUUGAGUCAGGUCACUCUGGUGGAUUAAUAUUGUUAAGACUAUUUGAGUCAGGUCACUGGUGGAUUCACUAGAAUGCAUAAUGCUUGGAUGGAUGAAUGCCUUUUUAUAAAACCAGUGCAGUGUAUCCCCACGUGGGGCUGAAAUUGUUGUGUCGGACAUGAUCAAAUGCAAUGUAUCUAUCUGUCAGAUCCCCCAGUGGUGUGCAGAGUUCUGCCUGUCAGCCCAGUACCAGCAUGGCAUGGCAGUGUGUACCCAGAUCCACACACAGCAGACAGUAGACCUGGCCCUCAGGGUGGCUGAUGAGAUGGACGUCAACAUUGGACAUGAAGUGGGCUACACCAUCCCUCUGGAGACAUGCUGCUCCACUGACACUGUGCUCAGGUCUGGAUCUAACACACACACAGACACACACACACAGACACACACACACAGACACACACACACACACACACACACACACACACACACACACACACACACACACACACACACACACACACACACAGACACAGACACAGACACACACACACACACACAGACACAGACACAGACAUAGAGAGAGUAUUGUACAACUAACCUUGUGUGGACACAAGAUUCAGUCCCAUUCGAAAUCCUAUUUUCUCUAACCCCUAAACCUAAACCUAACUCUAACCCCUAAACCUAACUCUAACCCUUAACUUAACCCCAAAACCUAACCCUUAAACUAACCCUAGCUCCUAACCCUAAACCUAAUUCUAACACUAAUUCUAACCUUAACCCUAAACCACCUUGAAAUAGCAUUUGACCUUGUGGGGACUAACAAAAUGUCCCCAGUUGGUAACAUUUUUGUUUGUUUACUAUUUUGUGGGGACUUCUGUUAUAGUUACACACACACACACACACACACACACACACACACACACACACACACACACACACACACACACAGGGCUACACCAUCCCCCUGGAGACACGCUGCUCCAUCACAGGGCUACACCAUCCCCCUGGAGACAUGCUGCUCCAUCACAGGGCUACACCAUCCCCCUGGAGACACGCUGCUCCAUCACAGGGCUACACCAUCCCCCUGGAGACAUGCUGCUCCAUCACAGGGCUACACCAUCCCCCUGGAGACAUGCUGCUCCAUCACAGGGCUACACCAUCCCCCUGGAGACAUGCUGCUCCAUCACAGGGCUACACCAUCCCCCUGGAGACAUGCUGCUCCAUCACAGGGCUACACCAUCCCCCUGGAGACAUGCUGCUCCAUCACAGGGCUACACCAUCCCCCUGGAGACAUGCUGCUCCAUCACAGGGCUACACCAUCCCCCUGGAGACAUGCUGCUCCAUCACAGGGCUACACCAUCCCCCUGGAGACAUGCUGCUCCAUUGACACUGUGCUCAUGUCUGCUUCUCACCAAGGCUUUACUGUUUAUUUUGAUUUUGAUUUAUUUCACCUUUAUUUAACCAGGUAAGAAGCCAGUUGAGAACAAGUUCUCAUUUCCAACUGCGACCUGGCCAAGAUAAAGCAAAGCAGUGCGAUUUAAAAACAACAACACAUAGUUACAUAUGGGGUAAAACAAAACAUAAAGUCAAAAAAUACAACAGAAAAUAUAUAUACAGUGUGUGCAAAAUGUAGUAAGUUAUGGAGGUAAGGCAAUAAAUAGGCCAUAGUGCAAAAAUAGUUAUGAUUUCGUAUGAACACCGGAAUGAUAGAUGUGCUGUCCAGCCAGUCAUUAGCUGCAGGUCUGGCACACGUGUUUAUCACGUUUCAGAUGGUUUGCACACACGCAAAGAUUACAUGCCAACGCAAACUCGAUCACACACGUAUGUAAUUCCCACUACCCUCUUCCCCCGUCUCUCUCACCCUCACGACAGACAGGCAGACAGUCAUUAUGUGUCUGCUAGCACACAGAUGCUAAAUGUCAUCCUCACACAUGUGAAUGAACCCAUCACGGCUGCCGACAGACAGGGACAUCAUCUAUUGCUGUGUCAUUAUGUGUCUGCUAGCACACAGAUGCUAAAUGUUUCACUGUAGUAACACGUUGUGACAUGUUGCAGGGAGGUAAUGUACCAAGGGGUCACAUUCAGACAGUGGGGUGGGCUCCUGACAAAACAGCUUUCCAUUUUCAUAUCGUCCUUGAUGUAGUUGUGGUAGGCUAAUCAAUUAUUUAAAUAAUCGUGAUGUUUCUACUCUGUUAUUGUCCGAUUUAAAUGACAGGCUACAGUAAUAAUCUCCCUGCCAAACAGCAGCUGUGGAAAGAUCAAUUCUACGGGAUGUUGACAUUGGCACCGUUAGUUAAGUCGGAUCAGAGAGUUGGGACAGUGAGGUUUCUGCAUUAGGAUGCAUUUACACACUACAACAUUCUAUGGCAGCCAUAUUAACGUUCCAUUAGUUAACUCUGAUGAUCUCUGUUCGUCCUGCUCCAGGGACUGCACGGAUGCUGCUGAGGGAGAUGAUGUCUCAAUAACCACACUAGCAUACUACUACUAGCAUCCAUAGACAAUACAUCUCUAUAUACUAAGUAGCAUGCAAGUAUGAACACUACAUGACCAAAAGAAUGUGGACACCUGCUCGUCGAACAUCUCAUUCCCCAAAAUCAUGGGCAUUAAUAUGGAGUUGGUCCCCCCCCCCCCCCCCUUGCUGCUAUAACAGCCUCCACUCUUCUGGGAAGGCUUUCCACUAGAUGUUGGAACAUUGCUGCUGGGGACUUGCUUCUAUUCAGCCACAAGAGCAUUAGUGAGGUUGGACACUGAUGUUGGGCGAUUAGGCCUGGCUCGCAGCCGACAUUCCAAUUCAUCCCAAAGGUGUUCGAUGGGGUUGAGGUCAGGGCUCUGUGCAGGCCAGUCAAGUUCUUCCACACCAAUCUCGACAAACCAUUUCUCUAUGGACCUCGCUUUGUGCACGAGGGCAUUGUCAUGCUGAAAAAGGAAAUGUCCUUCCCCAAACUUUUUCCCCAAAAUUGGAAGCACAGAAUCGUCUAGAAUGUAAUUGUAUGCUGUAGCAUUAAGAUUUCCGUUCACUGGAAGUAAAGGGCCUAGCCCGAACCAUGAGAAACAGCCCCAGACCAUUAUUCCUCCUCCACCAAACUUUACAGUUGGCACUAUGCAUUGGGGCAGGUAGCGUUCUCCUGGCAUCCACCAAACCCAGAUUCGUCCGUCGGACUGCCAGAUGGUGAAGCGUGAUUCAUCACUCCGGAGAACACGUUUCCACUGCUCCAGAGUCCAAUGGCGGUGAGCUUUACACCACUCCAGCCAACGCUUGGCAUUGCGCAUGGUGAUCUUAGGCUUGUGUGCGGCUGCUCGGCCAUGGAAACCCAUUUCAUAAAGCUCCCGACAAACAGUUAUUGUGCUGACGUUGCUUCCAGAGGCAGUUUGGAACUCGGUAGUGAGUAUUGCAACUGAGGACAGACGAUGUUUACGCGAUACGCACUCCAGCACUCGGUGGUCCCGUUCUGUGAGCUUGUGAGGCCUACCACUUCACGGCUGAGCCGUUGUUGCUCCUAGACGUUUCCACUUCACAAUAACAGCACUUACAGUUGACCGGGCAGCUCUAGCAGGGCAGGAAUUUGACGAACUGACUUGUUGGAAAGGUGGCAUCCUAUGACGGUGCCACGUUGAAAGUCACUGAGCUCUUCAGUAAGGCCAUUCCACUGACAAUGUUUGUCAGAUUGCAUGGCUGUGUGCUCGAUUUUAUACACCUGUCGGCAACGGGUGUGGCUGAAAUCGCCGAAUCCACUAAUUUGAAGGGGCGUCCACAUACUUUUGUGUGUAUAUAUAGUGUAUAUCGGCACUCACUUCUGGUCUCCACGCUCCAUACUGGCAUUGAGUGCAUAGUGUGUAUUGAACAAAAUUGAAAGAUGUUACCGCCUGCAUCAUUAGUUAACUCAGUUCUGGUCCCACUCCAGGUUCUGUACGGAUGCCCUGCUGCUGCGGGAGAUGAUGUCUGACCCCAUGUUGGAGCACUACGGGGCCAUCGUCAUCGACCAGGCUCACGAGAGGACCGUCAGCACAGACGUACUGCUGGGACUGCUCCGGGUAUGGUGGGAAUGACGUGGCGCUUUCUCUCUUAAGUGGUAUUCAGCAUAAUAGUAUCUGUUGGAUUAUAUACAUACGUCUAUUUUAGGGGUAUUCCAGAAAGCAGGAUUAAGGAGUGAGCAAGAUCAUUUUUAGUCAGAUCUCAAGUGAACUCAGAGCUUCAGAGAGAGAAGAGCUGAAGGUAUAGCCAGAUCAGAAACCACAGAAGAAAAAAAUACCACCUCUGAAUUUAUGUUAAUCUACACUGAUUGAUGUUGAUUCCUAGUAACAUUAGUUUGUUGCAUGUCAAUCAAGUUUUGUGAUUGUGCAGGACAUCCUGGUCCACAGACCAGACCUGAGGGCGGUGAUCCUGACGGUGUCCUCCAUGACAGACAGGCUCCUGGCCCACUAUGGUUAGUGAAACGGCCAUCUUUAAAUGGGAAAAGAUGCACUUAGUAACAACCCAGGAGAAUAGCACAUGGUCCCCCGUUGUUGUAUUAUCAGAUGAUUAGAAGAAUGGAGGUUGUGGCAUCUUAUAUUAUUUAAUGAACUUUACUGAAGGCACUGUGGGGAUAGCUACAUACAUGGUAUUAUUUAUUGAACUUUACUGACGGCACUGUGGGGAUAGCUACAUACAUGGUAUUAUUUAUUGAACUUUACUGACGGCACUGUGGGGAUAGCUACAUACAUGGUAUUAUUUAUUGAACUUUACUGACGGCACUGUGGGGAUAGCUACAUACAUGAUAUUAUUUAUUGAACUUUACUGAAAGCACUGUGGGGAUAGCUACAUACAUGAUAUUAUUUAAUGAACUUUACUGAAAGCACUGUGGGGAUAGCUACAUACAUGAUAUUAUUUAUUGAACUUUACUGAAGGCACUGUGGGGAUAGCUACAUACAUGAUAUUAUUUAUUGAACUUUACUGAAAGCACUGUGGGGAUAGCUACAUACAUGAUAUUAUUUAAUGAACUUUACUGAAAGCACUGUGGGGAUAGCUACAUACAUGAUAUUAUUUAUUGAACUUUACUGAAGGCACUGUGGGGAUAGCUACAUACAUGAUAUUAUUUAUUGAACUUUACUGAAAGCACUGUGGGGAUAGCUACAUACAUGAUAUUAUUUAUUGAACUUUACUGAAAGCACUGUGGGGAUAGCUACAUACAUGAUAUUAUUUAUUGAACUUUACUGAAAGCACUGUGGGGAUAGCUACAUACAUGAUAUUAUUUAUGGAACUUUACUGAAAUCACUGUGGGGAUACUUUGUUGAUCGCUAGCUCCCUAGAGCAUGAGUAAAACAUGGAAUGGAGUUGUGAGUAUUUCAGUUAUCAAUAUAAUGGUAACAUGGAAUGGACUAACAGUGAUGUCCUCUCCAUUCCAGGUAGUAGCGUCCCGGUGGUCAGGCUGGAAGCCCUCUGUCCAGCUGAGGUCGUGUACAGGACCUGCAGUAGUAAGGACUAUUUCUACUCUGCUCUAAGAAUGGUGCUGGAGAUCCACCGCACCGAGGAGGAAGGAGAUGUAGCGUUGUUCUUGGCCUCAGCUCAGGUGAGACAAUUUACACAGUUCAACAGUGAUCUCGUGGGCAGAUUUCGUCCGUAACUUGAUUACUUGCUUGUUUUUGGUGGUGCUAUGCACUGAAUGAUGGCAUGCCAUAGCUCUCUGGCCUUAAGUAGGCGCUCUGUCCUUGCAGAAUCUCUCUCAGAAUGUUCUAUUUUUUAUUGUGUGUGGUGCAUACUUGUCUCGAUUGAAUUUAGAUGGCAAAGCAACAUUCCAGAUCCUGUCCCCGUCUCGUGUUUUAUUUUGACUGCUUAGCCUUUAUUUGCUUUAGUGUGUUUGACUGAUGGCUCGUGGUCUGUUGGAAUGACAAAGCGUUUUGAAAGGCCUGUUGUCCCUGCCCAUAUACAUGACAAUGAGCUUAAAGCCUGUCAAUAGGGAUGUCAACUCAGCCUUUUCUAUUGAUGGGUCUGCUUGCAAAAUGUGUUAACUAUUUAUUACAUGAUAAGCCCUCUCUUCCCGUCACGUUGAACCAUCCAGGCUGGGGUGUAAUGGUCAUGUAGCAAGCCCUCUCUUCCAAGCCCUCUCUUCCAAGCCCUCUCUUCCCUUCACGUUCUCCAGGCUGGGGUAUAAUGGUCAUGUAGCAAGCCCUCUCUUCCCUUCACGUUCUCCAGGCUGGGGUAUAAUGGUCAUGUAGCAAGCCCUCUCUUCCCGUCACGUUCUCCAGGCUGGGGUAUAAUGGUCAUGUAGCAAGCCCUCUCUUCCCUUCACGUUCUCCAGGCUGGGGUAUAAUGGUCAUGUAGCAAGCCCUCUCUUCCAAGCCCUCUCUUCCAAGCCCUCUCUUCCCUUCACGUUGAACCCUCCAGGCUGGGGUAUAAUGGUCAUGUAGCAAGCCCUCUCUUCCAAGCCCUCUCUUCCAAGCCCUCUCUUCCAAGCCCUCUCUUCCAAGCCCUCUCUUCCCUUCACGUUGAACCCUCCAGGCUGGGGUAUAACACUAUUAUCCAAAGAGCCUCACGGUAUACAUUUUAGGCAUGUGAUCCCUGCAGGAUUUGAACCCAUGACCUUGGCGUUGCUAGGCUAGCCAGUGGCCACACAGGACUAGUCGUACGGUGCUGGCAACACUUCUCACACUGUGUUUCCCCCUCCCACAGGAGAUCGUCUGUGCCCGUGCUAUCCUCCAGAGAGAAGGUACCAGACUGGGGGCAGACCUGGGGGAGCUGGUGCCCGUGGUCUUGUGCCCUGGGCAGGGUGGGCAGGGCCAGGCACCCCAUCUCCUGGGAGAGGGGAUGGUGGGUAGGGGAACAGUUAGGACCAGGGGCCGGAGAGUAUUCCUCUCUACCCGUCAGGGAGAGGACAUGUUCUGGAAUGUGGACCCCGUUAACUUUGUCAUCGACGCAGGAGUGGAGAAAAGAUGUGUGAGUUUAAUCCCCAGUACAGGAAAUAUAAUACAAGCGUUGCAUGUUAGUUUAGAAAUGUAAGGCAAGGCUAUGGCCAUACAUAUCCUAUUAAAUAGUUAUAAUAUGUCAUUCUAUGGAAAUGACUAACCUGUCUUUUUUUUAAAAUGUAUUAUUUAAACCAGGUGUAUAAUCCCAGGAUAAGGGCCAACUCUGAAGUACUACGAUCCAUCAGCAGAUCCCAGGCAGACAUCAGAAAGCAGCUGACUGGACCAACAGGUACUGACAUCAGGAAGCAGCUGACUGGACCCAACAGGUACUGACAUCAGGAAGCAGCUGACUGGACCAACAGGUACUGACAUCAGGAAGCAGCUGACUGGGUCCAACAGGUACUGACAUCAGGAAGCAGCUGACUGGACCAACAGGUACUGACAUCAGGAAGCAGCUGACUGGACCAACAGGUACUGACAUCAGGAAGCAGCUGACUGGACCAACAGGUACUGACAUCAGGAAGCAGCUGACUGGUCCCAACAGGUACUGACAUCAGGAAGCAGCUGACUGGACCCAACAGGUACUGACAUCAGGAAGCAGCUGACUGGGCCCAACAGGUACUGACAUCAGGAAGCAGCUGACUGGACCCAACAGGUACUGACAUCAGGAAGCAGCUGACUGGACCCAACAGGUACUGACAUCAGGAAGCAGCUGACUGGUCCAACAGGUACUGACAUCAGGAAGCAGCUGACUGGACCAACAGGUACUGACAUCAGGAAGCAGCUGACUGGACCAACAGGUACUGACAUCAGGAAGCAGUUGACUGGGCCCAACAGGUACUGACAUCAGGAAGCAGCUGACUGGACCCAACAGGUACUGACAUCAGGAAGCAGCUGACUGGACCAACAGGUACUGACAUCAGGAAGCAGCUGACUGGGCCCAACAGGUACUGAGAUCAGGAAGCAGCUGACUGGACCAACAGGUACUGACAUCAGGAAGCAGCUGACUGGGACCAACAGGUACUGACUACCUCUCAUCUCUCCUUGAUGUGAAUCAGUUGACUUGCAUCGCUUGUUGGUUAGAACAGGGCUUCCCAAACUCUUUCACUCUGGGCCCCCUUCCAGCAUUGGGGAACAUCCUGCGCCGCGCCGUGCCUGUCCCUAUGGGCACAAGCACUGAUCAUGACACACACGGUUCACACCCCUCUUGGCACUGAUCAUGACACACACGGUUCCCACCCCUCUUGGCACUGAUCAUGACACACACGGUUCACACCCCUCUUGGCACUGAUCAUGACACACACGGUUCACACCCCUCUUGGCACUGAUCAUGACACACACGGUUCCCACCCCUCUUGGCACUGAUCAUGACACACACGGUUCCCACCCCUCUUGGCACUGAUCAUGACACACACGGUUCCCACCCCUCUUGGCACUGAUCAUGACACACACGGUUCACACCCCUCUUGGCACUGAUCAUGACACACACGGUUCCCACCCCUCUUGGCACUGAUCAUGACACACACGGUUCCCACCCCUCUUGGCACUGAUCAUGACACACACGGUUCACACCCCUCUUGGCACUGAUCAUGACACACACGGUUCCCACCCCUCUUGGCACAAUCAUGACACACACCUGUGUCAUGAUCAGCAAUUCUACACCUGUUGUCACGGGGGGUGCAGAGAAAAUGUUGCCGUUUUUUUAAAGCUAAUUUUCUUGCAAUUCUAUACAUUUUGCCAUGUCUAAUGUGUAUUCAUGUGAGUGACUAAAAAAUUACAACAAGAGGAACAAUGGUGCACUGCCCAAUUUCGAAAUUGCACCUUGUGCAUUCUACUAUUACAUCUUUCAACAGUAAGUUUAAAACAUAUAUACUGUAUGUAUAUAUAUAUAUAUAUAUAUAUAUUAUUUUUUAUUUUUUUAUUUUUUUUGGGGGGGGGGUGGUGGGGGGGGGACCCCCCUGCCGACCCCUCCCGCCCCACAGUUUGGGAACCACUGGGUUAGAUAGCCUAUAUAUUGGUUUUCAAUAAUGUUCUUCUGCCUCUACAUUGCUGGCUCUUUGGGGUUUCAGGCUGGGUAUCUGUAAAGCGCUCUGUGAUAACUGCUGAUGUAAGAAGGGCUUUAUCAAAUAAAUGUUAUUGAAAAACUACAUUUGAUUGAUUUAUGUUGGAGGUAGUAACAUUGUCUGUCUGUGUUUUGUCCAGGGAAGUGCUUCUGCCUGUACCCUGAGGAUCGAGUUCUCCCCGUAGAGACGUCCCCUCAGAUCCUGGAGACAAACCUCACCUCCACCAUCCUCUUCCUCAAGAGGAUGAAGAUCGCAGGGCUGGGACACUGUGACUUCAUCACCAGACCAGGUCAGCCUACCAGACAGACAUUCUACAUGGUACAUUAGUAGAACAGUGGUUCUCAACCUGGGUACUAGGUCCCCUAGGGGUACAUAGCCUAUCCACAGGGGGUACUUGGGAAGACUCAUAAAUCGCCCAGAAGUCUGUCAUAGACUCCCAUGUAAAAUCUAUUUUUUUCAAAUAUCAGAGCUUUCAAUACAAUCUCUAUGGGUUUCUGAGGGCUUGCACUUACGCGCUUUCGUCAUACGUAACAUAACCAUGAACGUAACUAAGAAAAGAGCGGGGAACUAACCUUGCAGAUAGCAUUACUGGGUGAUCUGAAAAGUCAUAGUCAAUCAAUCAAUAAUAUAAUAAUACUUUUAGCAAAAAUGUUUAUUUUUAAUUCACAAUCUGUAGAAGCAAUGAGAAUAGAAAGGUUCAGAACUUUUGUAAAACAUCACAGUAUGGUUGAAAUAUAUAUGGCAAAUAGAAAUCCUAUAUGGAUGGUGUUAAGAGAUAGAUGGGAGGUAUUGAAUAGAGUUGAAGGAUGGGACUAAUAACAAAUAACAACAAAUAAUAACAAAGAUAGCUAAUAAUGUAAGCAUACUGUGUCCAUAAUAAGUAUAUAGGUUGUAUGUUGGGAGCUUUUGGGAAAGAGCACAGUUAGAAAGAUAUGGCAUUUAGAAGCAAACCGGAUGGACAUCAUGAAAAUGAUCGGAGAGGUUGAGAGUAGAAGAAGUUCAGGAGCAAAAAAAUAAAUAUAUGUAUGUAUAUAUAUAUAUAUAUAUAUAUAUAUAUAUAUAUAUAUAUAUAGAAUUAUUGUAAAAUUAACUCUGUCCAUAAGGUGUAGAUAGUAAGUAUAGACCGGAAGUAGAGGCCUGGGCGUUGUUGUUCACUAAUUUACUCCAAGUAGGGAAAGGAUGGUGGGGUUGAAAAGUAAUAAAGGGGAAUAUAUAUAUAAAAAAUAAAAAAAAACAUGGGGGAUUGGAAGUGAUGCAGACAAUUACAUUGAUAGAAUAUACAAUCUAUCUGCAAUAUUAAGCUGAUCCAUCCCCCCCCCCCCCCCCCCAAAAAAAAGAAAAAAAAAAAAAAAAAAAGAGCGGGUAGCCUCGUCAAUCAAUUCACUACUACUAUCAAAAUGGCUAGGCUUCAGUGCAACUCGAUUGUGUCUUUGAAAGAAGUUCCUUUUUGUCGGCGAACAAAUGAAGAUAAAUUGGCAACGAAACAAUUAGGACCUCCCAGACCAAAUUUAAUAAUUCAACAGGUUUCUACUAAAGGGGGGAAGUCCUACACCCGAGGAUUUUCCAAAAAUUGGUACGAACGAAAAACCUGGCUAGCAGGCUGCGAUGUAGCUAAUGCAGUCUUCUGCUACCCCCUGCUUACCUCUUUCACCCUGAAGGCGGCACGGCAGACAGCACCGCUUGGACAGCGACUGGUGUGUAACGGACAUGCACCAUCUUUCAGGGAAGAUUAAGAAACAUGAGCUGUCAAAGACCCACAUGGAUAGCUGUUUGAGAUUGUCUGCUUUGGGGAGAGUGAACAUUCCCACUCAACUGGAUGAGGGAUACAGGCUAGCUGUCCGCCGCCACAACGAUGAGGUUAGUGUUGAUAAUCACAAGUUUACUGGAGAACUGAAACUGACAAGGCUGACAAGAUAGGAUAGACCAUAGUUACUGGUAAAAUGGACAUAAGGGGGUACUUCAGGGCUACUCCGGGCAGAGCAGAAUGUACUUGGUGGUACAGUAACCAAAAAAGGUUAAGAACCAAACUACCAAUCCCACACAAUCAAUCAAUCAUCAAUCAAAUGUAUCUAUAAAGCCCUUUUUACAUCAGCAGAUGUCACCGAGUGCUUAUACAGAAACCCAGCCUAAAACCCCAAACAGCAAGCAAUGCAGAUGUAGAAGCACGACUAGAAACCCCUUUAGAAACCCUGGUUGUACCCUGAGUCUUGUCUGCAGUGUAUUUGGGUCUUCCCAGGUUAUCAGACUCUGGUCGGGAGGUGAGUCUGACCACAGAGAUCCUAUUAAAUGAAAUGUGUUAUAAUAUGUAAUUAUAUGGAUCUGACCCUGUAUAACGUGUGCUGUAACCAAGGGUUUACAAACUGCCAGCAACUUUCCCCAAAAUUCCCAGGUUUUUCCAGAAAAUCAGGAGGGAAUCAGCAGGGAAUCCGGAAUCCUCCAACCAGGAUUUUCUGGAAGACCUGGGGGCAUUUUGGGGAAGGUUAACCAGAAUGUUGCAACCCUAGCUAUAACUGUAGAGGGGUACAGGGUACAGGAGGGUUUUUGGGGGCCUGGGUAGAGUGUGGCCAGAUGGGGGGGGGCUGUAUGCCGUAUGCCGUGCUCUGUCCUGUUUAGACCCAGUCAGCCAUGCUUUAGUAGAGGUGACAGCGGGCUGCCAGGGACCAUUGUCUGAGAGCCCCGACCCACCCGGCUGUCCCUGCAUGGGAAGAGCUGAGGACAAGUCGCCAUCUGCAUCCCUAAUGGCACCCCUAUUCCCUAUAUAGUGCACUACUCUGGUCUAAAGUAGUGCACUAUAUAGGGAAUAAGGUGCCAUUUGGGACGCGCCCGACGGUGGUAAAGAGGCGACGGUGUAAAGAGGCCAGCUCGUUAAUCGUUACACCAGUAACGUGUCUCGUUAGGCCAUUUGACCGCACCUCCACAAUGAGGAGGAAGUAGAAUCCUGUCCACAGUUCUACUGGAACACACUAGGCUACACUCCUGGAUGAACCAUCGGAGCCAGGCUCUUUUCAGCAAUACGGUUUCGUACUGCUUAUGUAUUCUAUGUCUUUUGACGUGUGGCAUUUUUAUUUUGUAGCUACAUUAACAUGGAGUGACGGGUUACAGUAAGACCCACUAUCUCUUGAGGAGCUGAGCAUGAGAAAACACUAUAUGAUCAUAAUCCAAAGCAUCAACUGACAAGUCAUUUUGUUAAACAGGUGUUUUGCUCAGUAUUUUCUCUGUUGAAUAUCUCUAUUCUCUCUUUUUUAUUAUCUAUGAUGUAAAGGAUGAUCUACUUCCCAUCCAGAUCUUCUCUCUUUUUUUAUUAUCUAUGAUGUAAAGGAUGAUCUACUUCCCAUCCAGAUCUUCUCUCUGUAUUAUCUAUGAUGUAAAGUAUGAUCUACUUCCCAUCCAGAUCUUCUCUCUGUAUUAUCUAUGAUGUAAAGGAUGAUCUACUUCCCAUCCAGAUCUUAUCUCUGUAUUAUCUAUGAUGUAAAGGAUGAUCUACUUCCCAUCCAGAUCUUCUCUCUGUAUUAUCUAUGAUGUAAAGGAUGAUCUACUUCCCAUCCAGAUCUUCUCUCUUUAUUAUCUAUGAUGUAAAGGAUGAUCUACUUCCCAUCCAGAUCUUCUCUCUGUAUUAUCUAUGAUGUAAAGGAUGAUCUACUUCCCAUCCAGAUCUUCUCUCUGUAUUAUCUAUGAUGUAAAGGAUGAUCUACUUCCCAUCCAGAUAUUCUCUCUGUAUUAUCUAUGAUGUAAAGGAUGAUCUACUUCCCAUCCAGAUCUUCUCUCUGUAUUAUCUAUGAUGUAAAGGAUGAUCUACUUCCCAUCCAGAUCCUGAGGGUCUGAUGCAGGCACUAGAGGAACUGGAUUACCUUGCGGCAUUGGACGACGAUGGGAACCUAUCAGAGAUCGGGAUCAUUAUCUCUGAGUUGCCAUUGGACGCUCAGAUGGCCAAGGCUCUGCUGGCGUCCUGUGAGUUUGAUUGUGUGAGCGAGGUGGUGACCAUCGCAGCUAUGCUGUCAGGUAUGUAGCUUACACUCGUACAACCUUUUGGCCCAUUUAUUCAUUCAGGGUGGAUCGCACCAACGUUGAUUAACUCUUAACAUGGGUUUAAUCAAGGUUUUUCUAGUAAUGGUGUUGCACCGAACUUUAAACCUAGUUUUAAACUAAGCAUAGUUCAAUCAAAUCCUUCUUCUACACUACGUUUUUUCAUUUUGAAUUCAAACCAAGAUCAAAUGUAAUGUUGUUGCUUCAUUGUUUUAAAAACUAGUUUAAAUUUAGAUUUGGGAUUAAAUAUAAACUGCCACUGCAGGAGGUUUAAAUUAAUCAAAUAUCGGUGUAUGUGCUUUAUUUUCGGUGUGAUUAACAAUUUUAUCUCCUGUGGUUUAUCAUGUUUGUAAAACUCAACUAGCCAGCUAAAUCAUUUGACAGAAAAGUGCAAUUAAUUUCAUCUUUAGCCUGAAGUGAAAAGUAACUUUGCUGGCUAGCUAGCAAUAACCAGUGCUCUGAUUUGUUUCCAUAGAAUUACAACAUUGCUAUGGGGAAUCCAUUAAGACACGUGUCACUGAUCAUAGUUUAGUGAUUUAACCUUAGAUGAACUAACCCAGUCUUAAAAUUAAGUGGUGCAACACAUCUCUGAUGAAUUAUAAACCUAGAUUUAGAAAGUCUAGAUUAGGUCUAAUCUAAGAUUGAUUUAAACCAUGUUGGUGCAACACACCCCCAGUGUCUUGUAAAGGAGGUAACCCUCACGCUUAUGUUUACAUCCAUAAAGCCUUUAUAACCUCUACAUAAGACAUUAUAAUAUGCAUCAUAAGCAGUCUUAACCAUUAUGAACAACUACAUCGGCAUCUCUGACCUUUGAAUGUAUAAUCUGCCAGACAGUAUUUUGUAUUUUUUUUAACCUUUAUUUAACCAAGCAAGUCAGUUAAGAACAAAUUCUUAUUUACAAUGACGGCCUACACUGGCCAAACCUGGACGACGCUGGGCCAAUUGUGCGCCGCCCUAUGGGACUCCCAAUCACGGCCGGUUGUCGUCUAAGGCACUAUGCAAUGCUAGCAGUGCUAGCUGUGCCACUAGAGAUCCUGGUUCGAAUCCAGGCUCUGUCGUAGCCGGCCGCGACCGGGAGACCCAUGGGGCGGCGCACAAUUGGCCCAGCGUCGUCCAGGGUAGGGGAGGGAAUGGCUGGCAGGGAUGUAGCUCAGUUGGUAGAGCAUGGCGUUUGCAACGCCAGGGUUGUGGGUUCGAUUCCCACGGGGGGCCAGUAUGAAUUAUUAUUAUUAUUUUUUUUAUGUAUGCACUCACUAACUGUAAGUUGCUCUGGAUAAGAGCGUCUGCUAAAUGACUAAAAAUGUAAAUGUAAAAUGAAUCGAACCAGGGGGUCUGUAGUGACGCCUCAAGCACUGAGAUGCAGUGCCUUAGACCACUGCGCCACUCGGGAGUAUGAUCUGCCAUAUGGACAUAGUCUAGUCUCUGAGCAUUUGCAGUUGUAGCCUAGACGGCUGCUAUUUCUCCCACCCAGACAAUGAGCCAGAAGGUACUAUACGGGGAGAGUAGCUUGGUCAAACAACGCUAACCUUGUUGAUAUGUCUGUUUUAGCACCAAUGCUAACCUCCCUAUUGAUUCUCUGUCUGUCUGCGUUAGUGCCACGUUUAUUGAUUCUCUGUCUGCAUUAGUGCCAAUGCUAACCUCGCCAUUGAUUCCCUAUCUGCGUUAGCGCCAGUGCUAUCCUCCCUAUUGAUUCUCUGUCUGCGUUAGCGUCAAUGCUAACCACCCUAUUGAUUCUGUCUGUCUGCGUUAGCGCCAAUGCUAACCACCCUAUUGAUUCUGUCUGUCUGCGUUAGCGCCAAGCUGCUUCCUGGAGCCACCUGUUGGCAGGGCCCAAGAGGCACAACAGUGUCACAGAAAGUUCCAGCACCCUGAGGGAGACCACUUCACCCUCAUCAACAUCUACAAUGCCUUCAAGUACAGCCAGAGAGAGACAUGUAAGUCAGUUACAUCCCUUCAAAUACAGUCAGAGAGAGACAUGUACGUUAGUUACAUCACUUCAAAUACAGUCAGAGAGAGACAUGUACGUUAGUUACUUCAAAUACAGCCAGAGAGGGAGAGAGACAGUCAGUCACAUCCACUGAGCUCAAAAAAGCGUCACAUUGUGAAUACUUGCCUUCGGAAACUAUUCAGACCCCUUGACUUUUUCCAAAUUUUGUUAGGUUACAGCCUUAUUCUAAAAUUGAUUAAAUUGUUUUUUUCCCCCUCAUCAAUCUACACAUAAUACCCCAUAAUGACAAAGCGAAAACAAGCUUUCAGAAUAUUUUGCAAAUGUAUUAAAACUUAAAAACAGAAAUACCUUAUUUACAUAAGUAUUCAGAUCCUUUGCUAUGAGACUUGAAAUUGAGCUCGGUUGCAUCCUGUUUCCAUUGAUCAUUCUUGAGAUGUUUCUACAACUUGAUUGGAGUCCACCUGUGGUAAAUUCAAUUGAUUGGACACGAUUUGGAAAGGCACACACCUGUCUAUAUAAGGUCCCACAGAUGACAGUGCAUCUCAGAGCAAAAACCAAGCCAUGAGGUCGAAGGAAUUGUCCGUAGAGCUCCGAGACAGGAUUGUAUCGAGGCACAGAUCUGGGGAAGGGUACCAAAAAAUGUCUGCAGCAUUGAAGGUCCCCAAAAACCACAGUGGCCUCCAUCAUUCUUAAAUGGAAGAAGUUUGGAACCACCAAGACUCUUCCUAGAGCUGGCCGCCCGGGCAAACUGAGCAAUCGAGGGAGAAGGGCCUUGGUCAGGGAGGUGACCAAGAACCCGAUGGUCACUCUGAGAGAGCUCUAUAGUUCAUCUGUGGAGAUGGGAGAACCUUCCAGAAGGACAACUAUCUCUGCAGCACUCCACCAAUCAGGCCUUGAUGGUAGAGUGGCCAGACGGAAGCCACUCCUCAGUAGAAAGGCACAUGAAAGCCCGCUUGGAGUUUGCCAAAAGGCACCUAAAGGACUCUCAGACCAUGAGAAACAAGAUUCUCUGGUCUGAUGAAACCAAGAUUGAACUCUUUGGCCUGAAUGCAAAGCGUCACGUCUGGAGGAAACCUGGCACCAUCCGUACGGUGAAGCAUGGUGGUGGCAGCAUCAUGCUGUGGGAAUGUUUUUCAACUGCAGGGACUGGGAGACUAGUCAGGAUCAAGGGAAAAAUGAACGGAGCAAAGUAUAGAGAGAUCCUUGAUGAAAACCUGCUCCAGAGCACUCAGUACCUCAGACUGGGGCGAAGGUUCACCUUCCAACAGGACAACGACCCUAAGCACACAGCCAAGACAACACAGGAGUGGCUUCGGGAUAAGUCUCUGAAUGUCCUUGAGUGGCCCAGCCAGAGCCUGGACUUGAACCCGAUCGAACAUCUCUGGAGAGACCUGAAAAUAGCUGUGCAGCUACGCUCCCCAUCCAACCUGACAGAGCUUAAAAGGAUCUGCAGAGAAGAAUGGGAGAAACUCCCCAAAUACAGGUGUGCCAAGCUUGUAGCGUCAUACCCAAGAAGACUCUAGGCUGUAAUCGCUGCUAAAUGUGUUUCAACAAAGUACUGAGUAAAUGGUCUGAAUACUUAUGUAAAUGUGAUAUUUCCAUUUUUUAUUUUUUAUAAAUUUGCUAAAAAUUCUACAAACCUGUUUUUGCUUUGUCAUUAUGGGGUAUUGUGUGUAGAUUGAUGAGGGAAAAAAACUAUUUAAUCAAUUUUAGAAGAAGGCUGUAAAGUAAGAAAAUGUGGUAAAGUCAAGGUGUCUGAAUACUUUCCGAAUGCACUGUAUGCAUAUAUAUGUAUGUAUAAACGGAAUUGUAUUCUAUUUGAGUCAGUUGUAUUCUAUUUGAUUCAAUUGUAUUCUAUUUGAUUCAAUUGUAUUCUAUUUGAUUCAAUUGUAUUCUAUUUUAUUCAAUUGUAUUAUUUUUGAUUCAAUUGUAUUCUAUUUGAUUCUAUUCUCUUCUCCUCACUUGUAUCUGAAUCUUUCUUCCUGUUGUGAUAUUAUUCCCUCAGACUUCAGUGUAGAGAAGUGGUGUCAGGACUGCCACCUAAACCACAGUGCCCUUCAGACGGCAGACUCCAUCAGGUCAGAGCUGACUGACAUCCUGAAGAGAAUAGAGCUGCCAAUCUCUGAGACGUCCUUCGGGACCAAGACCAACACACUCAACGUCAAGAGAGCUCUGCUGGCAGGGUUCUUCAUGCAGGUCGGUGGACAAUGCAGACCGUGGCGCUAGUGUAAAGGACGUCCCACUGCUUGCUUAGCGUGUACCGUUUCCUCCUGAUUCGACUCAUACCGGGGUUCGAACCUAGAUACCCAUCUGCUACAUUAGCAACACCAAGGUUCAACUCCUGAAGGGAUCACAUACACAUUAAACAUCUGAAUGAACUCACUGUCCUGUACGGAAGUCACUUUCAAUAAAGUCAUUUGCUUUAAUGGCAAAUAUGAACUUCCUUUAUCCCUGUUUUUAGAUUGCCCGUGAUGUGGAUGGUUCAGGAAACUACUUCAUGUUGACACACAGGCACAUGGCUCAGGUCCACCCCGCCUCCAGCUAUGGGUCCAAGGCACAUCAAUUGGGUUUGCCAGAGUGGGUGCUGUUCCACGAGUAUACUCUCUCAGAAAACAACUGGAUCCGGACAGUCUCUGAAAUCUCCCCUGCAGUGUAAGUCAAUGGCCCAAACCCUACUAAGGCUCUUUCUCAAUGCAUCUUUCCUUAUUCCUCAUAUCCAUUACUUAUGUCCUCCUUUCUAACCUUCUCAUCCAAUGACCCCGAGGUCCCUCCCCCUCUAACCUUCUCAUCCAAUGACCCCAAGGUCCCUCCCCCUCUAACCUUCUCAUCCAAUGACCCCGAGGUCCCUCCCCCUCUAACCUUCUCAUCCAAUGACCCCCGAGGUCCCUCCCCCUCUAACCUUCUCAUCCAAUGACCCGAGGUCCCUCCCCCUCUAACCUUCUCAUCCAAUGUCCUGAGGUCCCUCCCCUCUAACCUUCUCAUCCAAUGCAUUUUGAGAAGGAGGCGAGGAGAGGAUACAAGGAAUCAGGGAACAGGGAAAGAACCCUAGUCUCCAUUCCAUCAAUGCUGCCUGAUUUAGUCUGGUUCACUGGGCUCAUAAUGAAUGUUAUGUUCCCAACAUAAAAACCAGACACUAACAUGUUUUUGACUCUAAAGUCAGAUUUGUUUUUGAUUUGAAAUGGGUAAUCCUGUAUUACAAAUCUGCUCCAAAGUAAAUUAGACUUCACAACAGGACUUUUGGGUGUGGGUGUUUUGACACUACAAAUGGCUAAGUAGAUUACAGGAGUCAGUCUGCCUGUUGUGGGAAUAGUCAAGUCUAUUACAGAAGUGCAGUGUAUUCUGUAAGGGCCGAUUCCGACCCGAGUUAAAAAGGGUAAAUGCAGAGGAAUUCCCUUUCUAUCCACCUUUCACUCUCUCUGUUUUCCCCCUGAUAGAAAUAACACCGUUCUCCAUGCACUGUAAUUUACAACUUGAUAAGAGCUAUUGAUAACAGCUAGGUAAAUUAGUAAUCAGUUUGGAUAAGGUGAUUGUAAAUAUAAAUCACACAUAUAUAUAUAUAUAUUUGACCUUAUAAUCGCUGGAGACAUAUGAAACCAGUCAUAUCGCAGCACACUGAAGCGUAUCAACUUUCCCACAGUAAAGUUUAUGAAACGCUGUGCCAUUUUGCAGAAUUUUAAUUGUAAAGGCCUUUUAACUUGCGGGGAUGGGUACUGUCGAAUGUCUUAAUUAUAGGCGACCCCGACUUUGUCUGUUUCCUAUUUCUAUCAUGUUAAAUAUGAACCACUAUCAGUAUGGACCGUCAGUAUGCCUAAUAACAUCACAUAUUAACUGCCAGUUUACUGUUAGUUCCCUUCAGUUGGUAUAAUCUACAUUAUCAUUCCAUUGUCUCGUUUACCUUCAUUUGCUUCCUGUGUAAACGUUGUCAUGGCCGUGUGGUUGUUGCUGAGGAUCAUUAGUAACAGUUCAUAUAAAAAGACAUGUAGGCUAAUUAAACCGUUUGAACCCCGACGCAUGGCGCAGUACUUGGCCGUGUCGUCACACAGUUCCAUGGUUAGUGCAGGCAAUAGACGAGGGAGUAGCCUACUAUUGGACACUAUUCUCCCUAUUAUAACUCUAUGUACACUAAUCUUCCAACUGCACCGUGGGUUGAAGAACUGAAUGUGGCUAUUUUCAGAAUGAAUCAAAGACGUCUAAAUCAAGUUUUUUUUAUUUCGUGUGUAAAGGCUCUCCAAACUGUUUAUUUUUUAUUUUUAUGAUUGAUAAAUAAUUGGUGCUGAAACUGAGAUUUAGACGUCUUUCUUUCAUUGAUCCCAAAUAUUCUGAAUCCGUUCUCUCUACCUAUUCUAUUGAGUCUGUCGACAAAAUGCUAACUAAAAAGGUACAUCGUAUUUAAAGGGAUGGUUUAAGAUAAAUGUACUGAAACACACUAUUGAAUAAAAACUCGACGAGAAUCUGUUGGCCAGCAAGUGGGAAGUGGGUUUUCAGCUGUUGGAAUGACAUUUAUUCAGUGCGUGCAAGAGAACCACGCCCGCAAACCUCAUUACGCACCUUCAUAAUGUAAGUCUGAAUACCAACUACUGAGAAGUGCAUAGGAAAGUCGGAAUCGGGCCCUUACAAAAAAAAGUUUUCUGUAAUAUUAGUGUUGUAUUCUCUCUGUAGGUUCAUUCAGACGGCCCCACAGUAUUUCUUUUACAACCUGCCUUCUAGUGAGAGUAAAGACAUACUACAGCACAUCCUAGACGGGGACGGAUCUGGACAUAGUGAAGACAAGAAACGGACCCUGACCAUCAACAGUAAAGUGGAUAAGGACUGCAGUACACUGGCUCAGUCUUAUGACAGAUGUGUGCUACAGUGACCUCUGGUGGAGACCUUUUAGCACUGCACUAACCCUUUCUGAAAUACAAAUCAUAGCGGAUUAGAUCAGCGGUUUUCAAACCCCUUCUCAGGGGACCCCCAGACGUUUUCACAAUUUUGUUGUAGCUCUGACCAUCUCACCUGAUUGACCUCGUGAAGGGCUUGAUGAUUAGUUGAAUCAGGUGUGUUGGCUGUGGAAUAGUUAAAUACAUGGAACAGUUGGGGGUCCAGAGAAGAGGUCGGAGAAGCGCUGGUCUAGCUGUGGAAUAGUUAAAUACAUGGAAACAGUUGGGGGUCCAGAGAAGAGGUCGGAGAA